AUGCAGCUUCGAUUUCCGUUGCCAACUGGAUACUUUGCCAAGUUUGACUUGCUGCCAAAUGAAGUGCAUAACUAUCGAACGCUAGCGAGCGACAUUGUUCGGGAGACACAGCGAGAUUUUAACCAUUAUGUCAAGGACGGCCGCAACCUCAUUGACGCGCACACAUGGAAGCUCACCAAGUCGAAAGAGCGUUUGCACUGCUAUCGAAAGCGCGGUACUCGAACUUCGCGUCAGCCUUCUGUAAGUGGAGGAGCUGGUGGAAGUAACUCGGCCCGCAUUUCACGUUCGCGUCCGUCUCAUUGUCAUUCGCGUUCUAGCAGCUCUUCUGGAUUCGAAGACGUUGGUUAUUUGUCUGCGUCGAACCGGUCUUCGAACGACGGCGAAGUGAGUCGCAAGAGCAUGAAGCCGGCAGUGAUCGGAUACGGUGUUGUGGACGGCACCGUGGAUGACGUAGUGUAUGGUCUAUACCAGUCGUCGACCGAAGAGAUGAAGACGCUGUCUGCGUUUUUGGGUGACGACUCAGUAAUUGAUUGCGCAGUGCUGAAAACAAUACGGCAGACACGCGCAUCUUACCUUGGACUGAAGUGGAAGCUAUCCCGUACAGUAGGCGGCAACCGAGACUGCUGCUACAUGGAGUACGUCGGCGUGUCGAAGGAUGCCAAUGACCGGCGUUUUGGUUACCAUGUUUUGGAGUCGGUGGGUGUUCGCAAUUGUCCUCAAUUUGAGGACAAUUCAAUCGUGCGCACCAAUAUGUCCUUUUGCUUCAUCUUUCGACCGGGAAAAUUUUCGGAUCAAGUAGAAGUGUUCAUGGAGGGCGCGUACGACUCAUCGGCUGAUGUACUUACAGCUGGAGGUGUGGGCGACAACCGCAGCACGAUGGAUAUGCUGUUUAAUCUUCCGUCUGCACUGGUUGGAUCCGAGGCGAAGAAGAUUUCCGCUAUGGUCGCGAUUCAAUCUGGAGCGCUGCGUGGUUCGAGUAGCAAAAACCAGAGUGGCAAUCACUGCUCGAUCUGUCGGGCCAAGUCGAGCUUGCUAUCCUCACACACCAAUUGCCAGACAUGCGGUGCUGUCAUCUGCAGCAAGUGCCGCGUUCGGAAGGUGACGUUCGCCCGUCGAGGCAAGAUUAAGGUCUCAUGCUGCAAGAUGUGCUUAGUCAUGGUCAAGGACAAAUCUCCAUUUGCUGGCGAAGAGCUGGAGCAGCAAUUAGCAGAGCCAAAGAAGAUGCCUUGUGAGGACAGCCGCAGUAGGAACGGCAGCUCGAGCAGUAAUUACACCAACUUGGAUGCGAUAAACGACUCUGUCUCGACAAUGUCCCUCACCGACUCUGAGUUUUCAUUGUCGUCCCAGUCGUGGCAAUCCAGUUCAGUGUCGUCAUGGCAGUCGGACUUUGAUGAUAAUUGCUACAGCUCGAAUGGCUCUGCAGUCGUUCCUUAUGAUCGAAAGAUGCCAGCGCUGAUGGAAAGCGAUAUGCCAAUGCAUGCUCCUAUGAAAUACCAACGCCAAUACGAGCAGCAGCAGUAUACAAAUUGGCAGGACAUGAAACAAAAACACAUUGAUUCGAGCGUUCCAAGUCGACGACACCCUGUUACUCGCGAGGAUCUGUACAAUCAAAUGCUAGAUCUCCAAAUGCAGGCUGAACGGGCUUACAAAUUGACAAACCAGAAUGCCAACAUGAUGCACUACGGAUGA